CCGUUAAAUCCUCGCCGCUCAGAUUGUGGCCGCUCCUUUUCUUCCUCUCAGUUCUUCCCCGCAGCGACUGAUGGAAAUUUCUGUUUCCUUGUGAAAUUUCAACUUCUUUUCUUGAUCAAUUUGCUCAAUCGGUUAUGGCGGCAGUCACUUCAGUCUCCUUCCCCGCAGUGGCUCAAUAUCCCGACCGGAAAUUCUCCGUGCGUGGUUAUUCGGCUUCAAGUAUUUACACAUUUAAGCUCCGCAAUGUGGUGUCGUAUGAUUUGUGUAGUAUUCGUGCCUCCAACGCGGCUCGGAUGGUGGUUCGUUGCAUGUCCACAAGUACAGAUAUUCCUACUGUCUCUGAGACAAAGAUGAAUUUCUUGAAGGCAUACAAGAGGCCAAUUCCUAGUGUAUAUAACACAGUAUUACAAGAGUUGAUUGUACAGCAGCAUUUGAUGAAGUACAAGAGGUCAUACCGGUAUGAUCCUGUGUUUGCACUUGGUUUUGUUACUGUUUAUGAUCAACUCAUGGAGGGGUACCCAAGUGAUGAGGAUCGAGAAGCCAUUUUCAAAGCAUAUAUUGAAGCUUUGAAGGAGGACCCUGCUCAAUAUAGGGCUGAUGCACAGAAGUUGGAAGAUUGGGCUCGUACCCAAUCACCUAGUUCUUUAGUUGAUUUUGCUAACAGAAAUGGAGAGGUGGAGGACACACUAAAAGAUAUUGCGGAAAGAGCAGGAAGCAAGGGGUCUUUCAGUUACAGUCGCUUCUUUGCAGUUGGUUUGUUUCGGCUGCUUGAGUUGGCAAAUGCUACUGAGCCCACAAUCUUGGAGAAGCUUUGUAAUGCUUUGAAUAUAAACAAGAAGAGUGUUGAUCGAGACCUUGAUGUAUACCGCAAUGUGCUUUCAAAGCUGGUUCAAGCAAAAGAGCUGUUGAAGGAAUAUGUUGACAGAGAGAAAAAGAAGAUAGAAGAAAGGGCUUCAUCUCAGAAAGGCAAUGAAGCUGUCACAAAAUGCCUGGGGGAUUUCCAAUCUGUUGGGAGGUAAUGUACAGUUUCCAAUUGCCUUUCUUAAUAUCCUAAGAGUGUAUGAUAAGUCGACAUAUAAAUAAAGAUAGUAAAAAUGAAAGCAUGGGAUUUCAAAAAGUAACGGAGAGCAUAUUUGUUUGCGGUGAAUGAAGUGCAUCAUGCUCCCAUUUUUAAUUGUGCAACUAACUGUCUAGAACAGUUUUACUGUUCUUAUUUUUUUAUGGAAAUGUUAUUGCUUAAUGUCUAUAUAAGGGCAUUGCAAUGCAUAUUACUUACUUUA